ACUCAUGGGUCUUUAGUCACGACUCACCGAUCUCAUCGAUUUCAGUGGUGCUUUGCUGUGACUCACUCAUCUGGGUGCUGCCUACAGGCCCCCAGUGCUGCCUGACCACCUGGGAAAUGUGAAAGGGGAGCAGACAGAUGCUUAUCCUUCAGGGCUGCUCCUCUCGCUGCAAAGGAGAUUUUCCUCCACCUGGGUUGGAUCCUGACACAGGCGGCUGCAGCUUGUAGCAGACACUCCUUUCAGCACCAGCACCAUUCUCAAUUUCCUAGGUCCCUUCCCUUUGAUACAGGCCCCACUGGGAAGGUAUACUGGUGGCGGCAGCAGGCCCUUCAGUGGUCAGCUGGGUGAGUCCUCCAGCUCCCACCUUCUCUAGCCCCUGAUACUCCCCUUGGCUUGACAAGGCACCAGUGACUUUAACAACAGAUGGGCAGAAAUGUAACCGAUAGAGCACAAACAGCGGCAGAAAAUUAAUUUUGCCAUUGCAGGAUAUCUGCAGAGAUGUGGUUUUUCCGGACAUUUUUCAGCUGGGGGAACAUUCUGGAAAGUUUUCCCCAUGCUAUUUUUUUCUACAUAUCCCACCCCCUUAAAAUGUUACUGUGCACAUUUUCCUGAGGCCCUAAAUCAAUUGUGAUCUUAUUUGGCAUGUUGUUUGACUAUAUAUCUAGUAAGAAAUAAUAAAUAAUAAUAAACUUUAUUUGUUAGGUGCCCCAUAACACAUUCCUCUUUGGGUGGCUCAUAACAACACAAUAUAAACUUCCAAUUAAAACUCAUAAUACAAAACAAAUUACAAUAUAAAGCAUAAAAUACUAUAACAUUUUAAAAUCAAGAAACACAUUCAAAAGACCAUAUUCACUUCUUUUCAUAAAUCAAUAAAGCAUUGGUACUCUCUUGGCACUUCCUAGGGGUUCAAGUAAAGUAAAGUUGUGCCAUCGAGUUGGUGUCUACCCCUGGCAACCACAGAGCCAUGUGGUGUUUUUUUCAGGAGGUGUUUACCAUUGCCAUCUCCCGCACUGUAUGAGAUUAUGCCUUUUAGCACCUUCCUAUAUCGCUGCUGCCCAAUAUAGGAGUUUCCCAUAUUCUGGGAAACACGCCAGUGGAGAUUCAGACCAACCGCCUCCUGCUCUCUAGGCAGGCUACUUCCCCGCUAGGGGUUACUGCUUGAAAAAUGCUAGCUUGUUUUGUAACACGACCACCAGGGAGCCUGGGACGAUUGAUUGUGUGUGAUGUGCCAGCUGGCACCCUAUGCAAAUUCCGUCCCCAGCUUAUUUCUGAGAUAGGAGGGAAAGGCACCCUAUCUUGCUGCCGCCUUGCACACAAGCACUCUCCCCGCCUCUUGCCGUAUCGUGUGCAGGCACGCAACCGGAAAUCAGGAGCACAUCUGGUUCCCUACCCUGACUGGGUCCUUCUACUCUGCCAGCGGUCAUAUGAACAAGCUUACUGUCUGCCGACCAAACUAAAAUCACUCAAUUACAGGAAAAUAAAGUAUGGGGGGCUUUCCCAGAAGGUUUUCUCUUUUGGAAAAUCCCAGCUCUCUGGAUAUCAGAAAGCACAAAGACCUCUUCUAGGCCUUCUUCUCUGUGCAGCUGCAGUCUCCUCCUCUCUCAUGCGCUUUUGUAAGCAAAGGAGCGGGACAUCCGCCUUGGACGAAUGUCUCGCUGACCUUCCCCAGGGGCACCUCCAACGGGUUUGUCGCAUUGGUGUUUCCGGACAGAUGCACGGCAUUAUGUUUUGGAAAGCUGGUCAAGGUUGCCAGUGGACAGAGCGUGGCACCCGCCCAACGUUUGAGCCAGCGGAAGUCAGUCACCUGAUCACCUGGCAAGAUGGCCACUGCAGCAGUGACCUCCUGGCCUUGCUCCUGCCGCCGCGCUCCCACCUCAGUGUGGCCACGGGAUUUGGCUGUGCCACCAUCUACUGGUACAUGGAGAACAGCCCAGGUUUCCUGAAGCCAUACAAUGCCGCGGGGACCAUCCAGGACUACGUGGUCGCCAUGCUGUGUGGCCAGGUGAGGCCGCGGAUGUCUGUCCACAAUGCUGCCAGCUGGGGCUACUUCAACACCACCAGCAAAAGCUGGAAUGCAGACAUCCUGGAAGAAUCCGGUUUCCCCACCCACUUGCUUCCCGAAGUGGUGGAGCCCAGAGAGCUGGCUGGGGAGACCUGCAGAAGGUGGCAUUGGAUUCCAGAGGGGGCCGGAGUCGGAGCUGCCCUGGGCAACUUCCAGUGCUCGGUGUACUCUUGCAUGCCCGAAAGCACCGAUGCAGUCCUCAACAUCGGUACUUCCGCCCAGCUGAGCGUCCCCAUGCCUUUGGGCUUCGAGCCUAGUGACUCUCCAGACCCCCUUUCGCCAGUCGCCUGUUUUCCAUACUUUACCAGCCGCUACCUGGCCGUGGCAGCCUUGCUGAACGGCGGCAACGUCCUGGCGACGUUCGUGGGCGUGCUGGCCAGAUGGAUGGCCGAGCUGGGGCUCGAAGUCUCGGAAGCGGUCUUCUACCCCCGAAUGAUCCGGGCUGCCCUGUCCCAGGCGGACACCAACCUCGCCAUCUGCCCGACCCUCUUUGGAGAGAGGCACACGCCUGAGCGGCUGGCCUCCGUGACGGGCAUCGGGGCUUCAGAGCUCUCCCUCAGCCACGUGACCAGGGCCCUGUGCCGUGGCCUGGUCCAGAACCUGCACUCCAUGCUGGCUACCGGCCGCCUGGAGGAAGCCGGGGUGACGCGGAUCCUGGCCAGCGGGAGCGCCCUCACCAGGAAUGAGGUCCUGAGGCAGGAAGUGGAGAAGGUGUACCCGUUCCCGGUGGUCUAUGGGAAAGACGUGGACGCGGCUGUGGGCGCUGCCCUGGUGUUGCUGAACAGGAAGUGAGGCUGUGCGGGGCCCAGGCCUGCCGGACGUCACUUCCUCCUGAAGUGGGCUGAGGAGCCUAACCAGGGUGUGGAGAGCUAGGUAGGCCAAUACAGACCUCCUGUCCUUCAUAGGACAUCAGAAGCUGCCUUCUACCGAGUCAGGCCCUUGGUUCAACUAGUGCGGGGUUGUCGACACUGACUGGCAGCGGCUUCUCCAAGGUUGCAGGCGGGAGUCUCUCCCAGCCCUACCUGGAGAUGCUGCCAGGGAGGGGACUUGGGACCUUCUGCAUAUAAGCAGGCAGGUGCUCUUCCCAGAGCGGCCCUGAGGGGAAUAUCGUACAACGCCCACACGAGGAGUCUGCCAUUCGAAUGCAAACCAGGGCAGACCCUGCUUAGCAAAGGGGACAAUUCAUGCUGGCCCCCACCAGACCAGCUCUCCUUCCAUAAGUGACCCUCAAAAGCCACCUGCACUCCAAUGCAGGGGAAAGACGUACAGUCCAGGGAUCUCACUGGCCGCAGAGAGAGCUUCAUGCAGGAAUCCGCACUCAGCUGGGAGGGCCUGGAAUGGAAGAGGCGGCUGGCCUCCUUUCAGACCGAACGGCAACCCCUGAGCCUUGGGGAAGGCGCUUCUUCUCGCUUUCUUCACCUGAGCUCAAUUCCCCUCUCCCCCCAGACGCUUUAGAGGGACUACUGGCUGAGGUGCAGUGGAAACAAUAAAAGCC